AUGUUAGCAGUUGCAUCACUUAAACGUUCACUAGAAUUCGAUCCUGUUGAACAAGGUGUAAAAAGAAAACGAGCUGAAAUGAAAUUGUCACCACCAGCAUCACCAAUAUCAUCAACAACAGCAACAUUUACAACAAAUACUAAUCCAUUAUCUCCAUCAAAACAACAACAACAACAACAACAACAACAGUCUAUAUUUACUUCAUCACCAAAUAAAAAUCAAUCAUUAAUAUUUAAAAAGCCCUGUUCGCUUACUGCCUUAACAUCAUCAUCAUCAUCGACAACAGAUGAUAUUCCAAUGUUUACAUAUACACAAACUGCUCAAAUGUGUGCUCGUCUUUUACGUGAACAAGAUCGAUCAAUACGCGAACAAUAUACACAUGAUAGUGUUCAUAAAGAACAAUCAAAACAACAACAUCGACUCUUUCAUUUUGGUCAACAACAAGAAACAAAUAAUAAUACAUCAACCGUUGCCUUUUCAUAUGUUUCAUGA